AUGUUGACAGCCCUUAAGAGGACUCAGCAUCCCGCCAAUCAUUCUGGCCAAGCACAACCAGAGAUGCAGGAGAGGAACCUAAGAGGAGGCCUGGCCUUUAAAUUUGAGAGCUUGACUUAUCAACACUGUGUUGCUGUGGCUACUUUGGUGUACUUUGACCUCUGUGCAGUGAUUUUCUGUUACCCUGGAAACGUGAGGCCUGAUUUAGUGCUGCGAUGCCAGCUUCUAUUUGGGCAUUCUCUCUCAUCUGCCGUGCCCCAGGCGGUGCAAAAGCUCUGUGAUUUUCAAGGUGAAAAGUUUGGACCCUUUGCUGGAGAGAAGAAGAUGCCUGAAGACUUGGAUGAAAAUAUGGACUACAGGCUGAUGUGGGAGGUUCGUGGGAGUAAAGGAGAAGUUCUAUACAUUUUGGAUGCUACCAACCCACGACACUCCAACUGGCUUCGCUUUGUUCAUGAGGCACCAUCUCAGGAGCAGAAGAAUUUGGCUGCCAUUCAAGAAGGCGAAAACAUUUUCUACUUGGCAGUUGAAGAUAUAGAAACAGAUACAGAGCUUCUGAUUGGCUACUUGGACAGUGACAUGGAAGCUGAUGAAGAGGAGCAGCAGAUUAGGACUGUGAUCAAAGAAGGGGAAGAUGAAACUUCUAAAGGACAAUCAGCAGCUGGCAGAAAAGAUACCCUUUGCUGUGAAGAGGACUAUGCCUGUCCACAGUGUGACUCGAGCUUUACCAGCGAGGAGAUUCUUGCUGAGCAUCUCCAAACAUUGCACCAAAAGCCCACAGAGGAGAAAGAAUUUAAGUGCAAGAACUGCGGGAAGAAAUUCCCAGUUAAGCAGGCUUUGCAAAGACAUGGUCUUCAGUGCACAGCGAAAGGCAGUCUGAAGGAUUCUUCACGGAGUUUUCAGUGCUCUUUGUGCACUUCUUCCUUCAGCUCAGCAUUGAGUUUUGAGCAGCACCAAGAGACCUGCCGGGGGGAUGCCAGGUUCGUGUGCGAGGCUGACAGCUGUGGGAAGAAGUUGAAGAGCAGGGAUGCCCUAAAAAGACACCAGGAAAAUGUCCACACUGGAGAUACUAAGAAAAAGCUCAUAUGUUCAGUGUGCAAUAAAAAGUGUUCCUCACCAUCAAGUCUACAGGAACAUAGAAAGAUUCAUGAGAUAUUUGACUGUCAAGAAUGUAUGAAGAAAUUUAUUUCAGCCAAUCAGCUGAAACGUCAUAUGAUCACCCACUCAGAAAAACGACCCUAUAAUUGUGAGAUUUGUAAUAAAUCUUUCAAGAGGCUUGACCAAGUGGGGGCCCACAAAGUAAUCCACAGUGAAGAUAAGCCUUACAAAUGCAAGCUUUGUGGCAAGGGAUUUGCUCACAGAAAUGUUUACAAGAAUCACAAGAAGACUCAUUCUGAAGAGAGGCCGUUCCAGUGUGAUGAAUGUAAAGCUUUGUUUCGGACCCCAUUUUCUUUGCAGAGACACCUGCUAAUACAUAACAGUGAGAGGACUUUCAAGUGUCAUCACUGCGAUGCUACCUUUAAAAGGAAAGAUACAUUAAAUGUUCAUGUCCAGGUGGUCCAUGAAAGACACAAGAAAUACAGAUGUGAACUGUGUAAUAAGUCAUUUGUUACACCAUCUGUGCUCAGAAGUCAUAAAAAAACACACACCGGAGAAAAGGAGAAAGUCUGCCCAUAUUGUGGCCAGAAAUUUGCCAGCAGCGGGACGCUGCGAGUUCACAUCCGGAGCCACACAGGUGAGCGUCCCUACCAAUGUCCUUACUGUGAGAAAGGAUUCAGUAAAAAUGAUGGACUCAAGAUGCACAUUCGUACACACACCAGGGAGAAGCCAUACAAGUGCUCGGAGUGCAGCAAAGCCUUCAGCCAGAAGCGGGGCCUGGAUGAGCACAAGAGGACCCACACUGGAGAAAAGCCUUUCCAGUGCGAUGUUUGCGACUUGGCUUUUAGCCUAAAGAAAAUGCUGAUCCGACACAAGAUGACGCAUAAUCCCAAUCGUCCGCUGGCAGAAUGCCAGUUUUGCCAUAAGAAGUUUACAAGGAAUGACUACCUCAAAGUGCACAUGGACAAUAUCCACGGUGUAGCUGACAGCUAAUGGUAGCUGUAAAGGACUCAAACCAUUCACAUGGGCUACUAAUAUGAAUCCCAGCUUUUUCUCACCAGAUCAACAUAAUAGAAAUAGCCAAAAGUAACUUACUGAUGUCACGUUCCUAUUUGCACACCAUUGGCAUCUAUAAUGCACAUGUUAAAGAAAGGCAGAGAAAGAAAGAGAAAGCCUUACUUUUACCAAGAAAUAACAUAAACAGAAAAAAGUCUGUAGCCUUGCAAAAUACGAUGUGUGUUCUGUCUGAUAAAGUGGAGAAAGAAGCCACGGCUCUCUUGACUGUCUGCCUGUAAUGAAGUUUAUUGACAUAUUUCCCCACCAGGCCUUACUUUAUUGUUAUUUUCGUACAUGUGUAUAUCUGUGUGUAUGUGUAUGCAACACUGUCAAGUACUGACUAUUGCAGCUGGUUAUUGCUAACUUAAGUAGUAGUUAAAGUAUCCAAAUACUUCUUUGCAAAUAAGAGUAAGAGUAAACAUUUUCAUGGUCUCAAGCAUAAUAGCGUGAUAAAUACUUGCUAUUCUAUGCAACAGACCAAGAGUUUCACUUAUUUAAUAGUUCCAUACAACAAAUGAGUUUAAAAUAGAGAUAUUUGAGAAUUAAAGCAUCUAUUAAAAUAUUCUUCAUGUUAGAGAAUUUUCAGAAAUCAUUAUUUUACUCAUCAUUCCCAUACGGAUAUUCACGAUCUAGAAUACUUUUGUAAGCUCUGUACAAGAAUAGCUGUAACAUUUAAAUAUUCAUCAAGCUGUCCCUCUUGAGUUUAUACAGUUCUCUUUAGAAAUGAACGAUCUACCAAUAUGCAGAGCUAAAAACAGAAACAAAAGGAUCUCCACAUUUGCUGGCUGCAAGUGGCAGGACAAUAAUGUAGCAUUACCUCAUUAGUUGUGAUGAGCAGAACCUUUUCCCUCUCGUUCCAUAAAAGUGUACAGUAGAUGUCUUGUAAAUGUAAUAGAAUCCUCAGAACAUUAACGUUCCAUUUUGCAGAAAGAUAUUUUCCAGAAUCAUGGCAGUUAUUGAUUCAGAAACAGUUUUGAAUUGUCCUCAAUCAUGCCACAUAAUUAGGAACCAGUACAAAAAAUAAAAUCCGGCAAUUGUUACGAUUGAAAUUGUCAUUAAUCUGUAAGGAAAAUGAGAAUAAGAGCAUAAUUUCUUCCUUUAGAUUAUAUUUCAGUACAAUACUUGACAACAAUAUACAAUGAACAGCUUACUUAGGGAGAUGAUACAAUGCGAUCUUAUAGUGUUGUCAAAAUAAUCUAGAGUUGCAAUGGUGAACCUUUUAGAGCUUUCAAUGAUACAAAUAGCCUGUUACAGCACCUAGGGGAAUCCAAAAGCCAGAAAAAGUUAAGAUAAAAUACAAAUCAUGAACCACCUAAUUGGAACUUGCUGAAAAGAGAGGAACUGCAGUUUUAAGGAACAUAUUUAUUUAUGACUGUUUAAGGACAACAGUUAUCUGAAAACACAAUUCUUUGACCUUAUGAACCUCAUUUUAGGUUAUGUGGAUGCCCAGCUUCAGUCUCAAAAGAAACACAAAGGUUUGAUAUAGAUAUAUUUAAAGCCUGUAAAACUUCUAAAUUUGAAACUCAUCAGAGAUAACUUUUAAAAAUAUAAAUCCUGAAAUUAUAAUUUAGAAGAUAUAUAAGUAAGGUUAUAUAUAGUAUUUUGUAUCUGAUAUUAGAGACUGCAUUGUAUAAAAAUAAAUUUCAGUCCUGUUUUGCACUAUUUGUUUCAACAAUCUGUUUUUAGACCAAAGUAUCUUCAGUUUAUCAUGAUAGUGUUUCUGGUAUCCUUUGAGUAUACAAGGACAGCUGUGAAAUAUGGCAGCAUUUAUUAUUUAAGUGUACCUGCAUAUUCCUUUGGAUGCUGUCCUCUCUAUAUGGGUUGCUUUGUGCCCUAGUUAUGUGUAAAGUGUUCAACUUUAAAGGAGGAAAAGUACCAAUCUUGGAUAAUCUCAGUGAGAGUCAUAAUUCUUGGGCUGCUGGGAAUUUCCCUUAGAACUGUACAAUUAAUCACCAUGCUGCUUCAGAGUAAAUUGACCAAGGUAAAAUGUAGGGUCUUACCCUGCUGUGGGCUUAUGGACAGGGAAAACCUUCAAAGAAGGGUAAAGGGCUACUACAGCACCAUCCUCCUCAAAAGACUAAAGAAGCCAAAGCAAGUCCUUAGAAUGCAACUUGUAUGCUGUCACCUUUUAUCCAGAAGAUGAUCAUUUAUAAAUAGUUACAGGUUUAUUAGUCUUUGUGUGCUUUCACUUUUGAGUUGUUUGACAGCAACAGAAGAAAAUGUUUUCAGGCUUGAUUGACAAAUCAGACACUUAAUCAUAGACGAGUAUAUAGACAAACUAGAGUGCAGGUACCCACUUGCGAAGGUGGUUUUUCUCUUUCCUGCUGUGUAACAUUUUAGCUCAGGUACUUUCUCUGGAAAAGGCCAAACUCGACUCCCAUGAAGUCGUAGCUAAAUACUUUUAUGAAGCAUUCAAUAGUGUGCAUAGGUUUAUAUAUCCUUUUUAUAAUUGCUAUAUUUUUCUUUUAGUAUUUAAGAUAUUUGCAUAUCUUGGAUUUCUUAUUUCAGAAUCACUGACUUUUUUCAUUGUUGUUGACUACACAGAAGAACACAAAUGUAUUUGUUAAUGAUUCAUUCUCGGAGUUCUACAGGGUAGUUAAAAAGCUACUUUGAAGAUAUGUCUCUGUAAGUGUGUGUGUCUGCCUGCCUGUACUGCCUUUUUAUGCAGUGCUUGUCAUGCAAGUGCAUUUCUUUGCACAAACUCCUUCUGAUCUAUUGUAGCUGCAACAUUGACUGUGAAAAGGGAUACACAGGUUCUUAGAGCUUUAGUGUAUAUAUUAGACUUCAUAUACUAUUACUCUUCCACAGCUGAAAGGGAAGCAUAGAUACUGAAAACAAUCCUUUUCUUCCCAAACCUAAGUGUUUCUUCUGCAAACUCAUUUUGGGUUGGGAAUAUAUGGAGGUAGGUAGGUAAGAACUAAAGUCUUACCAUUAAUAUUGAGAUUUAUUUGUAUGUAUAUAAAUAGAAUACUUGUGACUCUAACAAUGCCAAUCACUUUUUUAUUUUCUUACAGAUUUAUAAUAAAUAUGUGCAAAUUUCUACUAGA